UCCAGCACUGGGCCGACGACGGAGCCUCUGAUCAAAUCAAGUGGACUUCAAAUUUAGUUUUAAAAACUGUUCGGAUCGAGAGGUCGUUACGGGGUUUCGCGGCGCGUUCUUGAAACCCAUUCGAUAUUCCGUAAAAACAGCUCGCUGUUUUUUAGACUCCUUCCCUAGCACAUCCCCAAUCCGUUGGCCAAUAAACGGUAACCGCUGCAGUCAAGUCCGGCGACCUAACCAUAAAUCCAGGCGGUUGUGCAAUCAAAGGUGUCCGUAAGCCAUAAUACUGCCUCAUAAUGAUCCGGAUACGCAACGGGUUGGAAAUGCUGCUAAUAUUAUUCCUCGCCACCUGCCUGCUGACUCCUGCCCAUGGAACGCCUCUGGAGUGGGAUUUCGCAGUAACGCUGAGGUCGAAGAUCCAGUUUAUGGACAGCUCCUGGCAAACAAUAGCCACGGCUGCCCACGAGUUCGAUGAACUUUCCGCCCUAACAUUUGAUGAGUCCGAGGAACUAAUCUACUUCAAUGACCUGAAGCACCAGAACGGCAGCAUAUUCUCUCUAAAAAGGGAUCUUCUAUCCGCUUCCCACGUGGUGGAGCAGACAAUUGCACGCACGGGCAAUGAAUCUGUGGGAGGAUUGGCCUACGAUCCGUUGAACAUGAACCUCUUCUGGUCGGAUACGCAGCAAAGGAAGAUCUUCUUCGCCCCCAUCCACGGCUCUGCGCCGCCCAAAGUUUUGGUAGAUCUCAGCGGAGGGGGAAGGCCGGACGGUGUGGCUGUCGAUGUGUGCCGUCGGAAGCUGUAUUGGACCAACUCGAACAUUACGCAUCCCACGGUGGAGCGGAUAAAUCUGGAUGGUAGCAACAGAACCGUGAUCAUCGACACCAAAAUCGACAUGCCAAGGGGAAUCGUUGUGGACCAAUUGUCAGAUCGGCUUUUCUGGAUCGACGACCUCAAGGGUGUGUUUUUUGCAGUGGAGAGCUCAAGGCUGGACGGCUCCGAUCGCCAGGUGGUGCUGAAGGACAAGCACCACGAACCCUUGAAUCUGGCUGUGACCAACAAUGCGAUUUACUGGACAGACCGGACAACAAAAACGGUCUGGAGUCAUCCGAAAGUGCCGGUGGUCAAGGUUACCACUACUAGCAAGCCGGAGGUCGAGGAGGAUUCCACAGAUCCGACGGUGGAAAAGCCUGAAAGUGAUCCAGAGCCGGUGCCAGAGGACUGUCCGCUGGUUCGUGUGGCCAAUCUCAGCGAAGAAGCCCGAGGCAUUGUGGCCCGAACUGGUUUUUAUCAGAGACUCCAAAAGGACCACCACUGCGCCAGCAUUGUGCGCAAGGUGAAGGAGCGCUUGGAUGAGCAGAGCACGAAGAUGGAAAUACGCAGCCUGCUGGAUCAGAAGGUGAAGAUACUGGAGAACGAGCGCUGCAUGAACGGAGGCGAAUACAAGUCGGCCACUGAUCUGUGCAUCUGUCCCACGGGCUACAAGGGAUCUCGAUGCGAAAUACGCGAGUGCCACAACUACUGCGUUCACGGCACCUGUCAGAUGUCCGAAAUGGCCUACCCCAAGUGCUACUGCCAGCCAGGAUUCACGGGCGAACGCUGCGAGGUUAGCAUGUGCUCAGGACUGUGCCUCAAUGGCGGUCACUGUCGGGUGUCCAAAGACGAGAAGGAACCACCCAGCUGCGAGUGUACUUCCAAGUUUGGAGGCGCUCGCUGCGAGCAGAACUCCACGGAAAUCUGCUCCCUAUUCUGCCGUCUACUGAAGCACGAGCCGGAGAUCUAUGUGCCCUUCGGCUGCCACAGCAUUUGCGAAGAACUGGCUCAGGCCAACAGCACCCAAAUCGCCGUUCCGCAGUACACACACUUGGAGGUCUGCAUCACGCCCAAAGUUUGGACCGGCAGCGUAAUCAUCAUCCUGGUCGUAGGCAUCGUUUGCAGCUUGCUUCUUGUGGCCGUGAUCGUCCACGGAAUCCGUCGACUGUACAAGCCCAAGAGGCCACGCAUCAGGAAGACGUUUGUGGUGCGCAAGCAGGCCAGAACCAAUUCGGCAGGAGACACACCGCUGACCAACCGUCCACUGGCCACUGAGCAGUGCGAGAUCACGAUAGAGAACUGUUGCAACAUGAACAUCUGCGAAACGCCCUGUUUCGAUCCCAAGCUGGUGGAGCAGACGCUGUCCAAGUCCAGUUGCAAGGAAGACAAGAAGAUACUCAUCCACAAUAUGGAGGAUGACCUGUACUAGGGCGCAGAAGACUGAUAACAACCUGCCCCCUAAAAACAGAACCUUGUGAUAGUCGUCGUCGAGUGCGGACUGUGGUAUUCGAGCUUGAAAAGCUGCUGCCCGCCCGGCCCUCGACCCCGUUUGCCGGCAAGGUGCUCACCCAAAACAACCAGCAACCGCAAAUCAUUGCAACAUGCACCAUGCAACACCUGCAGCAACAGCAACUUAAAACUGAAGAGCCUGGGACACUUAAACAAACCAUUUACUCAAGCCGAAGCAACAUGUUGUACUUAGCGAUCCUUCGGUCUCGUUAAUUUAUUCGUAGGAUCAUUUCAUCCCAGGGUUAGGAUUUUUAGCUCAAAGCUUCAUCAAAAUUUUUGAGUUUUAUUUUUUGAUUUUUAUUAACUUUAUUUUGGUUUUAAAUUUGAAUUCAUAUUGAAAUGAAAGCAAGUCGCGCGACUGACAUUAGCUUUAAAAACGAAAUACGCACGGAUACAAAGAGCCUGUAGAUCGUAAGCUGAGACAAAGACCAUUGUGAUUGUGAUUACUUACACCUAAGCUGUUGUAAUUAACCCUUUCCAAGUGAGUCAUUGUUCAAGUUCCUGCUCCCCCCACUUGUUGUAAAAAAAGAGAAACAAACAAUAGAUACAAUUCGUCGCCCCAACUAAAACGCAAUUCUUGCCUCAUUAGAUAAUCCCGUCACCAUCAACACCAUCGUGCACUACUUAAGAAACGUCAUAGAAAAAGACCCGAAAAACAGUGGGGAAAACUCUGCCAGAAAGAUCGAGAGUUGUAAAUAUUAAUGAAUAGUUUAAUUUUAGUUGUAGUCCUUAAGUAAAGGGUUGAAUAAAGAAAGACUUCACGCAAUUGAAAA